AUGCUUCCGCCUCUUCCACCGCCAACCGCGCCAUGCCGACUCAUCGCCGCGGGUUCUGCCGUGGCUGGUCGUCUCGCUUCGAGCCUCGUGCCGCCCGCAAACGUUAUCGGCGAUUCGCUCGAGUUGCACGCGUACGGUCCUCCACCGCGCGGUUACCGGUCGUUCCGUGUCCUAUCUGGUACUCCCAGCGCGAACCUCGCGCGUGGCGACCUCGCGACGACCGUGCGGUGGAGCAUCACGAUCGCAUCCCCGAUCCAGUGCGCGCAGCAACGCGCCUGCCCAGCGUCUGUGCUUCAGCUUGGCUUCAGUCCACGCCCGCUUACGCCCGCUUCGCCGCUCUGA